AUGUUAUGCUUAAUUGAAAGACUGGAAGAGUCAAGUACCUUGGCUAGGAAAUUUAAUCAAUUGUUUCCUUGUAGUUUGGUUCAUGUUGAUAAAUAUGUUGAUGAAUUCCAUUGGCUUGGAUUGUUAUGUAAAAUAUAA